AUGCCCGCCAGAUUCCUCAAGUCCAAGCAGUCCCCCGUUCUGAGUUCAGCGCAGGUGGACGUCGGCUCUAUCUCUCCGGCCUCGUUCAAGCUGUCCCAAGCAGGCAUUGAAGAGUCCAUUGCGGAGUGCCCCGCGCAAACCAUGGAGGAUAUUAAAACAGUGCAGGAUAAUGUGCGUGGUUUUGCCCAGGCUCAAAAGGAUUCCCUCAGCGACUUUGAAUUUGAAAGUCAGCCCGGCGUUAUUCUUGGUCAAAAGAACCUGCCCGUCAACAUGGUCGGCGCGUAA